AAAAGUAUUUGUAUUGAGAUUGGGUCAGAAUAAAGAAUCCGUAUUAAAAAUCUUAAAUAAAUUAGUCGUAAAUGAAGUAGAGUAUACUACUCGCAAUAAUUCAUAUUAUUCUCUCUGAUUGAUACUCCCUCGCCGAUGCCGCGUAAAUAUUGCUGGAGAAUAAUAGCUGAUAGCUAUCAUUAUUGAAUUAUGGUAUAAUCUACUAUUUUUGAAAAGUUGAAUCACUUCCUCCAUUUUCAAAUAUUGUUACAUGCAGCUAAAAUUCCCACAAGUGUCUUGUGAAAAUUGAAAAAUUCAUCAAUCAAAGUGACAAUGUCAAAUAAUUGACAAAUUCAAAAUUCCAGUGAACAAAAAUAAAAAAAUGCAUCUAAUAAAUGGUAAUGGCACAGGAUCUAUUACUUAGGGCAUCAGAAGAACUCACAUUAAAGACCAGAGGAUACCGUUUAUUGCAGAAGUUAGGUGAAGGAUCAUAUGCUACAGUAUAUUUAGCUGAAUUCUUAGCAGGUAAUGACAAGGAAAAAACCUCCGAAAAAGCAAACAAAUUACUAGCAUGCAAAGUAGUAGACGUCUCAAAGGCCCCCAAGGAUUUUGUAAAAAAGUUCUUACCAAGAGAGCUAGAUAUAUUGAUCCGCAUAAAUCAUCCCCACAUUAUCCAUAUACACAGCAUAUUUCAAAGAAAAACAAAGUAUUUUAUUUUUAUGCGAAAUGCCGAAAACGGUGAUCUGCUGGAAUUCAUUUUGAAAAAAGGUCCCAUAUCAGAAGCACAGAGCAGAGUAUGGUUCAGACAAAUAGCCUUAGCAGUUCAGUAUUUGCAUGAUAUGGAGAUAGCACAUCGUGAUUUGAAAUGUGAGAAUGCCUUGAUAACUAGUAACUACAACUUGAAACUCGCCGAUUUUGGUUUUGCAAGAUUUGUAGUUGACAAUCAUGGAAGAAAAUUAACAAGCACAACUUACUGUGGUUCUUUAUCAUAUGCAGCCCCUGAAGUUCUCAGAGGACUGCCCUAUCAUCCAAAAAUAGCUGAUGUAUGGUCAUUAGGAGUUAUUCUAUACAUAAUGGUAAACAAAGCAAUGCCAUUUGAUGACAAUAAUGUCAAGAGGCUUCAUGAUCAACAAAUGAAUCAUAAGUGGAAAUUUCGAUCAAAGGUAGUUGAUCAUUUGAGUGAAAAUAUCAAAGAUCUUGUUACAAGAUUAUUAGAACCAGAAGCUAACAAGAGGUGGCAAGUCAAUCAGAUUUUAUCAAGUGAUUGGUUGGGCAUGGAUCCAAGAUUGACACAACUAUCACCAGCUGAAGAAACUGCUUUGGCUCAGGCUCAAGUGGAAAGAAAGAACUAUGUUGAAAGUGGUAAUAAAACUGGUGCUGAUGACAAAAAAGUUCUUCAACUGGAAGAAGUCAAAGUUCUCAAACCCACUGUGAAUGAAGAUGAUAAAAUCAAGAAGUUCCCUAGUACUGAAGCUGUUAUGAAAACAUCAAUUGCUUCUGCCAGUAAUCAGCAAUAAUACACAACAAGAGAUUUUGCGCAUCACGGCAACAAGCUACUGGCUGACUGGCAAGAGACGUUUGUAUCAAUACUGGCUGUGAUAAUUGUCAUUGUCAUUUGUCAUUGAUUUUGUUGGAUUGUUGGAGACUAUCUGGGUUGGCCUGGAUUUUUUUACCAAAUUACAAAUUUUAGUAAAUUGUACAAAUACCUACUAAAAACUCUCUACAAAAAUGGGUCAUGGUUUCGGACAACUUUAUAAACUGAGAGGAAUUGUCAUGUACAGAAUAUCACAUUUUGAACAGAAAUUGUUUACGGGUAUCAUAUCACAUGGAUUUCCCAACACAAUAAGAAGAAUUGCAGAAAACUUCCCAUAUAUUGCCCCACCUGUUGCUCUGUGCUACCUUAGUUAUGAUCAAUUAGAAAAAGAACAUCACCGAUUGAUGCUGAAGAAUCCUGCUGAUUUCGAAAAUGAUCAAUAAACAUUGUCUUUCAAUAAUUUAUAGUAGGCUGUAAAAUAUACAAAUACAAUUACAAAUAUACAUUCUAAGUAGUGAA